AGUCUAUGGGCGUGGCAUCCGUUGUUCAAAGAGGAGUAUACAAGUCAGUUAGUUGGCCCUCUGGGCCAGACCCUUGUGAGGCUUCACAAUGGACAAAGUUAAUAAGUUGCAAGAGGGUGCUGAAGAUACAGAGUGGUGGACUUCACAUACUAACCUAACUAAGAAGAGCAAGAUUUUCCUGAAGCCCAUAUCUUGGGGUUCUGACAAGACCUACACUGAAUAUACGCGUAUAGGCGGUGAACAAAUGGUACAUGUCCUAAAGAGGGUAAAAAAAAGCCCUAAACAGAGACUGAAGGUGAAGAUCUGGAAAAAACACUCCAUUCCUGUGUGGAAACCUAAGGAAGAAGGUGGACCAACAGCAUACCCUGGGAAAAACAAGAGGCAGAAAAAGAAGACUAAAACACGACAUGAACGAAACAAAAUGCUGCAAGACAAGCUGAAGAUGCUGUGGAAUCAAUAUACUGAACUCCAGAAUAAGAUGAACUUAUUGUGGAAUCAAUACCAUCAGAUGCAUAAUAAAGUGAAGAUACAAUGUACCCACCAUGAUAGCCAGAUGAAUGACAGUGCAAAUACACCAUGGGAUCAAGAUAAGCAGCUCAAGGAGUUAGUGAUCACACAAUUUGAUCAGGACAAACAAGUGAAGGGGAAGAUGAUCAGACACUACUAUCUAAACAGGCACAUAAAAAAGGAUAAGAUCACAGCACUAAGCCUUGACCAGGAAGGGCAAAAGGAGGUGAUCACAUACUUUGACCAAAAUAAGCAAGAGGAGAGGAUCACACAAUUUUAUCAAGACAAACAAGUGAAAGAAAAAAUGAUCAGACACUACUAUCAAGACAGUCAUGUAAAGGAUAGGAUCACACUAUUCAGUCAUGACCAGCAAGGGCAAAAGGAGGUGAUCACACACUUUGACCAAAAUAAGCAAGAGGAGAGGAUCACACAAUUUUAUCAGGACAAUCAAGUAAAACGGGAGAGGAUCAAACUUUGCUUUUCAAACAGGAUGGUGAACAAAGAGAGAAUCACAUUCUGCUAUCCAAUAAAGCAGGUGAAUGAGAUGCCCAUCUCCUUCUAUCAACACAGGUACCUGCAUGGAAUGAUGAACACUCUGCAACUACAGCAACUAGUUGCAGGAGGAUAUAUGCACCAACUUAACCCAGAAACAAGAAUCCAUAGCUGGCUCAGUCACCUUCACUGCUGGCAUUAAUAGCCUUAAAACCCAGUGCACAGACAGAGACAUCAGACAUAUAUGUCUAGUCACUAAGUUUUUUGAAAUGCCUAAUUACUACACAUUGAAUACUUCAAUGAUAGCCAGUGAAAAUUGUGAAAAUAAAUCCAUUAUAAUGGAAAAUAUUUGCAUCUCUGU